CAGCGCGUAGCGGAGCAGGGCCAUCUACUGCCCUAAAAUUACGCAUGGCUCCAGCAUACGAGGCUUUUAAGCUGAAGACUGCCUCAAGUGCAUUCCCCCUCUCCCCUUCGUAUCUGCUUCUGCUUCAUCGCUUGCAUCAGUGACUUCACGUUCAACAUCGUCAUCGGAGCAACAUCACGUAUUCGCGCCUCACAAUCGGACCGGACACGAUGUCGCUAUCAGUCCUGCCGACGGAGCUGCGACAAAUGAUAAUCGAGGAGGUGCUCACGACUCCUCUGUCACCGCCUAGCGUCCCCAGCGAAGUCCGUGGUCAGAAUUGGUUCUAUCCGAACGAGGAAAACAAACGAAGAUACUCGCUAGACGCCGAUGGGGGUUCGGCGGAGCAAAAUCCUGCUAUUGCAUUCAACAAGCAAGAGCCUUGGGGGCUCCAAUAUCUUCCAUUGCUGCUGAUCAACAAGGCCCUCAACGCUGAUACCGAGGAUGUACUGCGACGUGUUGGACGACACGUUCCGUCGACCCUCGAUGUGAUGCUUGAAGAUGAUGGCAACUUUAAGGCUACGUGGUUGCUGGUUCCACCGGCAGCGACAGAGACAGAGCGUCUGGAUAUCACCAUACGAACUUUGAAAUGCAUGAAGACUUUUGGUGCGGAGGGCUCGGAGAACGUGCCUCUAAAGCGUAAUGCAAACAUGUCGGUAGGGCGGCUGCUCCAACGUAUCACCAGCAUCGGUCUCAGCCCAUAUGCAAAGGACCGACAAACACAGGGUACUCAGGUUCGCCGGCUCCGGAUUACCAUUGUAACUCCGGCAGACGGGAAGAUUGGCGAGACUGAGGACGAGAGAGCGCCACUCGCAGCAAGGCUGAGCGAGUACUUCAGCAUGGGCUACUUCGAGGAUCUAGCUCAGAGGGUUAACGGUAUUGAAAUCUUCGUGGAUGACCGCAAAGCGUAUGCAUUUUCGAGCGCAAAGAGCUCUUUCGUUAUGGAGUGGUCGCACAAGUGGCGGCGCGACAGUGCCAUGGAAGAUUGAGAGAUGGCAGAUAGUCAGAGGCUAUUCUGGUGAAGUAUUUGUAGUACCAAUGACCGAGAUUUCGAUGAU